AUGGCCCCUAGAACGGGCGGACAAGAGUCCAAGACUAGCCACAAUGCUCAAAAGCCUCAUAUCACUGAGAUGCCAAUAACACCGCGAAACUGGUAUCAACAUAUCAACUGGUUGAGUGUUUUCUUCAUUAUCAUCGUUCCGUGCCUUGGUCUUGUGGCGGCAUAUUACUGUCCACUCAAGCGCGCCACAGCCGCCUUCGCCAUUUUCUACUACUUCAAUACUGGACUGGGAAUUACAGCAGGAUACCACCGCCUCUGGGCCCAUUCUUCAUAUAGAGCAUCAAUUCCCCUUAAGAUCUACCUCGCUGCCGUUGGUGUUGGUGCCGUCCAGGGCUCUAUCCGAUGGUGGUCCAGGGGCCACCGUGCUCACCACCGCUAUACCGACACAGAAAAGGAUCCCUAUUCUGUGCGCAAGGGCUUCUGGUAUUCCCAUCUGGGAUGGAUGGUGAUGAAGCAGAACCCCAAGCACUACGGCCGGGCCGACAUUACCGAUCUCAACGAGGACCCGAUCGUGGUGUGGCAGCAUCGACACUAUAUCAAGGCCGUUCUAUUCAUGGGUCUCGUGUUCCCUACUCUGGUCUGUGGCCUCGGCUGGGGUGAUUGGCGUGGCGGCUUUAUCUAUGCCGGCAUUCUGCGGGCCACAUUUGUGCAACAGGCUACAUUCUGCGUCAACUCCUUGGCCCACUGGUUAGGUGACCAGCCCUUUGACGACCGCAAUUCGCCUCGAGACCAUGUUGUCACGGCUCUCGUGACACUAGGCGAAGGGUACCACAAUUUCCACCACGAAUUCCCGUCAGACUACCGCAAUGCCAUCGAGUGGUGGCAAUAUGACCCGACAAAAUGGGCGAUCUGGACAUGGAAGCAGCUCGGACUGGCAUACAACCUCAAGGAAUUCAAGGCAAAUGAAAUUGAAAAGGGACGUCUCCAGCAGCUGCAGAAGAAGCUGGACAUCAAGCGGUCGACACUGGAUUGGGGCACCCCCAUUUCCCAACUGCCCGUGAUGACCUGGGAUGACUUCAAGACCGAGUCUGCCAAAUCCGAUGGUAGGGCACUGGUGGCCAUCGCUGGUGUGGUUCAUGACGUCGCUCACUUCAUUAAAGAGCACCCUGGUGGUAAGGCGUUCAUUGCCUCGGCCAUUGGUAAGGAUGCGACAGCUCUCUUCAACGGCGGUGUUUAUCAGCAUUCGAAUGCGGCGCACAACUUGCUGUCUACAAUGCGCGUGGGUGCUAUUUACGGAGGUGGAGAGGUGGAGAUCUGGAAGCGUGCUUACUCCGAGAAGUCGGAUGGUUACCUGCAGGAUAAUAAAGGGGAACGCAUCGUACGACGGUACGAGCUGGGGAGCAGACCUUGA